AUGCCGAGCUCAAGCUCAAGCUCCCGGUCCAAGCCCAAGGCCUCCGAGGUCGCGGCCGAGACUCGACGGACGUGCAUUCCAUUGAUCCGAGCAAAUUACUCGCACAUCUACCGUCUCGACUCCACGCUAUAUCCCCAGCCGGUAGACCAGCUGGACUUCAGCCAGUACCCCCGGCCCUUCUCUCGGACACCAGCAAUCUACGUGAGGAAUGGCGAUCCCGUCAAGGUGGCGCUCGAGUGGCAGGCACAUUUUGCGGCCCAGAGCGGCGAGCCGGUGCCGGUGCCCUUCAUAUGCGCAGCCAACGACAAGCGGCCUGGUGGCGACUGGGAGACGGGCGUGAUUGGCUACGAAGAGCGACUGUGUCGACGAAGCACUCUCUCGGCCUCGCUGUCCACGCCUUCGCCCGAGAGCUACUGCCAGACCAACUAUCCAAUCCCCAUCGAGGGCGGCAUUCUGUCGGAAGAAGUUGUCGUGUUCCGUGGACCACACGACCGCUACGAGAAGCUGCCGCCACAGGAAUGGAGAGUGCUGCCGGUGUGUUCGGUACCACCGGUGCGGUGGCCCAAGCUGACACAAAACGGGACCAAGUACUCGUUUGCGGAGGAGCGGGACAUGGUUAAGAACAAGCUGCGGGCAGCACUCCGCAUAUGCGUCUAUAACAACUACGCCAAUAUUGUGGUCGGCGACUUCGGCCUGGGCAACGGCUACCGCAAUCCGCCGCAGGAGCUGGCUGAGCUGUGGCGCGAGGUGGUGUUAUGGGAUGCCGAUCUGCGCGGCCGCAUCCAGUCGAUCGCCUUUGUCUUUGAGGAUCCCAACCAGAGCACGGCCCGCCUGAUCCAGGACGAUCUAGCCAAGAAGAGCAGACAUGGCAGCAAGAGCAAGUCUAAAUCGGGCAGCAGCAGCAGCAGCAGCAGCAGCAGCAGUAGCAGCAGCAGCUCGAGCUCGAACUCAUCACCAUCCUCGUCCCCGUCCAGCAACAAGCCGACAGACAUGGAAAUCUACAGCUACAUCUUCCAUGACGAGGAGAUUCAGCGGGUUCUCACACAACCGGAUCCUCGGUACGGACUGGGGACUCUAAUGAGCCCCAUGUAA